UGUGACCGCGCCUCUGCUCCUUUCCCUUCUGCCACAGCCUCGUUUUUUCGUCAUCCUUUAAGUACCACAUAUUCUUUAACUACCGCUUUUCUGUCAGACAAUCUAGCGCUCGCCAUGGCUAACUACCUCGCCUCCAUUUUCGGAACCGAACAAGACAAAGUCAACUGCUCUUUCUACUACAAGAUCGGCGCCUGCAGACAUGGCGACCGGUGCUCACGCAAACAUGUCAAGCCAUCAUACUCUCAGACGAUCCUCAUGCCAAACAUGUACCAAAACCCCGCCUACGAUCCCAAGAGCAAAAUGAACCCAAGCCAACUGCAAAACCACUUCGAUGCGUUCUACGAAGACGUCUGGUGUGAGAUGUGCAAAUACGGCGAGCUGGAGGAGCUGGUAGUCUGCGAUAAUAACAAUGACCAUCUGAUCGGAAAUGUCUACGCCCGAUUCAAAUACGAAGAAGAUGCUCAGGCUGCCUGCGAUGCGCUGAACUCCCGAUGGUAUGCCGCGCGACCGAUAUACUGCGAAUUAUCGCCAGUUACCGAUUUUCGAGAAGCUUGCUGCAGGCUGAAUAGUGGCGAGGGCUGUGUACGCGGCGGGUUCUGCAACUUCAUCCACCGAAAAGACCCUAGUAGCGAGCUUGACCGGGAGCUUCGCCUCAGCACGAAGAAGUGGUUGAAGGAGCGUGGCCGGGAUGCUCGGAGCGUCAGCCGCAGUCCUAGCCCGGAGCCUACACGGCGAAGAUACUGAAUGAUGGAUUUGUUUCAUAGUGGCGUUGGGUGAAAGCUCGUGUACUUUAUUUCAUGAUAUCAGGCUAUAAUGGCUCGCAUCAGAUACUUCUAUUUACAUCUCAAAUGGCAGACAUUCGGUGCCU